AUGCCAAAGAACAAAGGAAAGGGUGGCAAGAAUCGAAGGCGAGGAAAGAACGACAACGAAGCAAGCAAGCGUGAACUGAUAUUCAAAGAAGAAGGCCAAGAAUACGCUCAAGUGUCAAAAAUGUUGGGUAAUGGUCGUUUGGAGGCACAAUGCUUUGAUGGAGUAAAGCGACUAGCCCAUAUUCGAGGAGCAAUGCGUAAAAAGGUGUGGAUCAAUCAAGGCGACAUCAUCCUCGUUUCUUUGCGUGAAUAUCAAGAUGACAAAGCCGAUGUGAUUCAACGUUACAACCCUGAUGAAGCUCGUCAACUCAAGCAAUAUGGAGAGCUACCCGAUACUACCAAGGUUAAUGAAAAUGAAGCAUUUGCUGGUGAAGAAGACGAGGAAGUCAACUUUGAAUUUGAGAUUGACGAGGUAAAUGGGGUGGUGGUGGUGGUGGUUGUCAUUAUCCACAUGUAG